CGCGCCGCCAUGUCAUCCGAAGAAAUACCAGACCUCAGAACGCUUCUCACCACCCGACGCGGAGGCCUGUCUCGGGGCAGGGGCCGUGGGAGAGGUCCAUCGGGAGCCUCGCUCCACGAGAAUGAUGCUCUCGUGGACCAUGCCGUCCAGAAGACAGACGCAGACGCGGCCGGCUUCAGGUUGAGCUCCGUCCAGCUUGGCUACCUAGAGGAUGCAUAUGCCAAACUCUUCGCAACGCAGCCAGCGGUGCGGCGACCGCCUCUUAUCAACCGAGGGACCUAUGUCCGUACCUCCGCAAUCGAUCUCCUCGUCCACAAGUUCCUUUCCCUCUCGCCGGACCAGCCGAAACAGAUCGUCUCCCUCGGUGCAGGCACUGAUACGCGGUAUUUCCGUCUGCGCGAUCGAUAUCCAGACCUCCAGCUCACCUAUCACGAAAUCGACUUUCCCGCUAACACUACUGCAAAGCUCGCUGCUAUUCAGAAACACCCUCAGCUGUACACUAAGCUCUCGUCGAAGCGAUCUCCCGAUCCUCUCUCCCUCGCACCCGGCGCAACUUCCUUCUACUCUUCGGCCUACAACCUCCACGCCCUCGAUCUUCGCUUCCUAGCUACUCUUUCUGAUGACGCCCAGCCCCAUCAACUACCGCAUCUCGAUCCCUCGAUCCCCACCCUAAUACUCUCAGAAAUGUGUCUCGUAUACCUACAGCCCUCUACCGUCUCCACAGUUCUCUCCGCCUUUCUCCAUAAAUACAUCCCAGCACCAACCCCGCUCUCCCUAGUCCUUUACGAGCCAAUUCUCCCCCACGACGCCUUUGGCCGCAUGAUGACCUCGAACCUCGCACACCGAAACAUCUCCCUCCCAACUCUCGCCGCGUUCCCUUUGCUGCGCGAUCAACGACAACGACUGAGAGGCUACGGGUUCUGCCAUGGUUCUAGGGCUGCGGAUACCGAGUUUAUAUGGCGGGAGUGGGUGAGUGACGAAGAAAAGGAGAGAAUUGCGGGCUUGGAGAUGCUGGAUGAGCAGGAAGAAUUGAACAUGCUACUGAGACAUUACUGCAUUGCGUGGGGGUGGAGGGAUAGUGGCUCGGAGGAUGUGUUUUCGAGGGCAUGGGAAGCAGUCAGGGAGCAGGAUGGUGGUUGAUUCGUCACGCAAGCAAAUUGGCUACUGAAUACAUCACAUGGGUUGUAAAACUUGAUGCAUGACGAAAUAUUACUCCUGCAAUUCCUAGUUGAGGGAGAUGAGGGGAGUCUUGGUAUACCGCCAUGUAGGGUGAAACUAGUAUGUGAAUCGACCAGGUACAGUAUAGGAAGAUGAGAGUAGAGCGCGGGCGCGAUAUCAGGAAGAGACCGAAGUAGCAAAGACAUCCUGGGGUAUUGUUUACUACGAGGACCUCGUGAAAAGCGAGUUAAUUCAAUAGCUAAACUUGCCAUCACCCAUGAG